GGAAUGGUCGUUGAUCCAAUGACCUCGGCUGAAAGAAUGGUGCAGAUUGUGGUCCAGGAUACCUUUGAUCAGGGUGCUCGGUUUGACUACUACGACGUAGCACAGACGUAG